AUGAGUUCAAAGUUCAUCAUCGACAGCAUGCUACCCAAGUACCACCAGCAGUACCACCACCAGCUCCUGAACCCCGUGAUCACGUCCGGCGGCGGGCUGGACUCGUCAGCCGUCAACUACAGCUUGACGCCCAACAACUCGUCGUCAAGCAGCGCGGGUGGCUCACCGCCGUCCACGUCGUCGCUGGUCUCGCCGGCCGCCGGCCGCAUGUACCCAGCGUACGCCGUCCACCAUCACCAACAGCAGUUCGGCUCCGGCGCCGGUUCCAUGGCGUUCACGUCACCCGGCUCGGCCGCCCUGGCCGCAGCCGUCCAGGACGCCGCGGACAAGACGUCGUCGUCUUGCCGGUACGGCGGUGGAGUCGGUGGCGUGAGCGUCGGGGGAGUGUCCGCGGCCGACACGAUGGUCAACAGCUAUGCCGCCCUGCACCAUCACCACAACCAGAACGGUGCCGGUGGAACCGGUGCCGUGUCGUCCAUGGCCGCGGCCGCUCAGUUCUACCACCAGGCGGCCGCCGCGUCCGCCGUGGCCGCUGACCCGCUCAACUCCGCGUGCGCUGGACAGCCCGGAGCUCCUGGACCGCAACCCAUGCCUGACAUACCCCGGUACCCGUGGAUGUCCAUUACAGAUUGGAUGAGUCCGUUCGACAGAGUCGUUUGUGGUCCGAACGGAUGUCCGCGUCGUCGCGGUCGGCAGACGUAUACCAGAUUCCAGACUCUGGAGCUGGAAAAGGAGUUCCAUUUCAACCACUACCUGACCCGGAGGCGGAGGAUCGAGAUCGCGCACGCCCUGUGCCUGACCGAGCGUCAGAUCAAGAUUUGGUUCCAGAACAGACGGAUGAAACUCAAGAAGGAGCUGCGGGCCGUCAAGGAGAUCAACGAGCAGGCCCGCCGGGAACGGGACGAGCAGGCUAAAAAGCAGGAUCACACGAAAAUGGACGUGGGAGGUGGCGGUGGCGGGAUGCACCAGCAGCAACAGCAACAGCAACAGCAGCAACAGCAGCAGCAGCAGCAGCAGCAAAUGUCGCACCAUCAGAUGUCGCACGAACAGCACAAGCUGCAGAUGGGCGGCCUGGACAAGGGGUCCGCCGACAUGCUCAAGGCCAAAACGUAA